AUGGUGGCCGAGAAGAGAGAGUACGCCCCGCUGCCUAGCAGCGACGACACGCUCCCGCAGCCCGUGGCGAGCGGUACGCGCCGCCGCAAGGUCGGCGCGCUGCAAAUCGCGCUGUUCACCGUGCUCGGUCUGCUCGUCAUCCCGCGCCUCGCGUCUGUCCUCAACAGUGCCACCUCUACGACCGAGGUCGAGGCCGUCGACCCCGUCGUCGAGGCGUACUGGACCGGCGUGGCGACGCAGGGUUACGCCGCGGCGGUGAAGGGCAAGCACGGCGACCACGACCACAAGCACAAGCACCCCCACCACCCCGACCACAAGCACCCGCACAAGUGGGUCUCGCCGCACCGCGCCGAGAAGAUCUACCUCGACGUGCCGAGCAACACCUCGGCGGCAGCCGCGUCGCGCAGGUACACUGCCAACGCGCACCCCGCCGGCACAGGCUGGGACCUCAUCACGGCGCUGCAGGUCAAGAACGACUGGGAGGCGGCGCUUGGCCUUCGUCAGUCCGGUACCGACGAGCACAUCUACGAGGCCGGGUCUCACGAGUCGCAGUCGCGUAUCCGCGGCGAGGGCGCGCUCAAGAAGCUCGGCGUCUGGAUCGACACGUACUACCCCGUGCUCAACACGCCCGUCUCGUCGUCAGUCACGCUGCUCACCGACCCGCCAGUGCACGCCAAGCUGCGCGAGGAGUACCUCCCCGGCGACCCCGACUCGCGGCUGCGCGACGAGGUGCCCGUGUUCCACGGGUUCAGCGUCUCGGGCAACGUGCAGGGGCAGUACAUCUACGCCGGCUACGGUACCAAGUACGACUUUGAGCUGCUCCAGUCCAAGGGCAUCGACUUUACGGGCAAGAUUGCGCUCGUCAAGUACGGCCGCGUGUUCCGCGGCCUCAAAGUCAAGGCGGCGCAGGAGGCCGGCGCGAUCGGAACCCUCAUCUUCACCGACCCCGGAGACGACGGCGAGGUGACCGAGGCGAACGGCUACGAGCAGUACCCUGCCGGCCCUGCGCGCGUGCCCUCGUCGGUGCAGCGCGGCUCGGUCCAGUUCCUCUCCAAGUACCCCGGUGACCCUACCACGCCUGGCGAGCCGGCGUACAAGAACGCGACGCGUAUCGAGGGCGGCAACUUCCCCGACAUCCCCUCGCUCCCUCUCAGCUACGAGGACGCGAUUCCGCUCCUCAAGGCACUCAAGGGCAAGGGCAUCCCGGCGUCCGACCUUGACGCGAGCUUCGACGGUGGGCUGGGCUACAAGGGCGUCGAGUACUUUACUGGUCCGUCCGACGUCGAGGUGCACCUUGUCAACGAGGUCAACACGCGCGUCACGCCCGUCUGGAACACGCUUGCCAUUGUGCCCGGACACAUCACCGACGAGGUCGUGAUUGUCGGCAACCACCGCGACGCGUGGGUUCUCGGCGGCGCCGACCCCAACUCGGGCACGGCGAGCCAGUACGAGCUCGUCCGCGGCCUCGGCGAGCUCAUCAAGAAGGGCUGGAAGCCCCUGCGCUCGAUCAUCCUCGCGUCGUGGGACGCAGAGGAGUACGGCCUCGUCGGGUCGACCGAGUGGGCCGAGGACUUUGGCGACUGGCUGCAGGGCCACGCGGCGGCGUACCUCAACCUCGACUCCAGCUCGAGCGGCCAGAACCUGCGCGCGUCAGCUUCGCCUUCGCUUGCCCUCCUCCUCCGCGGUGCGGCGCAGGAGAUUGAGAAGACCACCCAGCCUGGUGUGAGCCUGUGGGACGCUCGCGCGGCCGGCGGUGACUGGGACGAGUUCAACGCCGCCCUCCACCCGUCUCUCGCGCCGGCCAAGGCCGAGAGCGUCGCAGCCGGUGGCUCUGGCGUCAACCCCCUUGGCUCGGGCUCGGACUACACUGCUUUCCUGCAGCGCUACGGUAUCGCGUCGACCGACUUCUCCUUCUCCGGCGGACCCAAGGACCCCGUGUACCACUACCACUCGAUCUACGACUCGCACCACUGGGUCAGCCACUUUGGUGACCCCGGCUUCCACAAGCACACUGAGGCGGCCAAGAUUAUCGGUUUGAUUACCCUCCGUCUCGCCGACAGUGUUAUUCUUCCCUUCAACACGACGCAGUAUGCGCGCGACCUGGCCUACUACCUCACCAAGAUUGAGGACCUGAAGCAUGGAGCGGGGUACGACUCGCUCGACCUCGUGCCGCUCGGCGACGCGAUCAAGGACCUGGCCGCGGCGUCGGCCGGGCUCGACGCCGAGCGCGCCGAGUUGAUCGACAAGCUGCGCGCGGCGCUCCCCGAGCGCCCGCCCAGAAGCUACGGCCAGCGCCUGGCCCAUGCGUUCGGCCUCGCGCCGUGCCCGCACGCCGAGGCGGCCGAGCUGGCCAAGAUGGUCGUAUUUGACGACAAGCGUCCCGACGCCGCGCCCGCCGCUGCCAAGCCCUCGCCGCACCUGCCCAACUGGAAGGAGAUUGCCAAGACGCUCAAGGCGAUCCGCAAGGUCAACGUCAAGCUGCGCGACUUUGAGUCUGGCUUCAUCGCCGAGCAGGGCAUCAAGGACCGCGAGUGGUACCGCCACAAGGGCGUCGCGCCCGGCAAGUGGCUCGGCUACGGCUCGACGACGUUCCCUGCGCUCACCGAGGCGAUUACGAUUGAAAAGAACCCCGAGCUGGCGCAGAACGAUGCGAACGAGCUGGUCGAGCUGAUUGGCGGCAUUGCCAAGGGCAUCCGGGCGUAA